AGUGCUUUGAGCAGACAUAGAAGAACAUUGUGGAUAGUUAUCUAUUGAUUACGGUACUACUCAGUGCUUAGCAGCCUUCAGUGGAGUGAUAACGGUGGAACUGAACAGUAUAAGAUGCCGCCUUCUGGGGACACACCGAUUAUUAGUGAUGUGGAAGAUGGAGCCCGAAACAAUAACACGUCAAACAGAGGAGAUGAUCUCCUCGUCAUAGCGAUCGUUGACUCCAAAUCUACCGAUCGUCUCACACAUUUCUGCCGCCCUGGGGAACGGUCCAUCCGAUCUCCGACUGACUUGGCCGGACCUCCUCAGAGACAACUGUUCUGCAAAACUCACUCCGUCAAGACGAAAUGUGUCUUAAAACCUGCCUCGGAAAAUCAUGUGUGUCAAACACCCGAUGAAGAAGACGAACACAUCCCAGCCAAACCAAAACCCCUGAAGCUUAGCGAGUUUUCAAAACAACAAGUGCUUGUGUUAUUGACGUUAGCUCUAGGGAACUUUCUCAGUUUCUGUUCUAUGUCUAUCCUGGCUCCUUUCUUUCCCAAAGAGGCAAACCUGAAAGGAAUGGAUGUAUCACUUUCUGGGCUAGUUUUCAGCUUUUAUGCUCUCAUCGUCUCUCUCACCGCACCAUUUUUGGGCAAGAUGUUACCUAAGAUUGGUGCCAAACCUCUUUACAUCUGGGGUCUCAUGCUAGCAGCAGCCAGCAACAUUCUGUUUGGACUUCUUCCUCACAUAAUGGAUUACACACUUUUCACAGUUAUGGCUUUCUUAGUCCGGGGAAUGGAAGCAUUGGGCGCAAGUGCUUUCUCUACUUCAAGUUUUGUCUUCAUCGUGGAGACUUUCCCCGACAACAUAAGUACAAUAUUGGGUGUAAUGGAGACAGUAAUAGGUCUAGGGAUGAGUGUAGGACCAGCAAUAGGAGGAAUUUUAUACUCGAUUGGAGGGUUUGGUCUGCCAUUUUUCAUCCUUGGAGGGAUUAUGUUCAUUGUUGUGCCACUGGAUAUAUGGGUUCUACCUCCAGCUUCUGCUGAAACAAAAAACAACCCUUCAGGAUCUUUUUGGAAGCUUGUUAAGAUCCCAGCUGUGUUUGUUGUUUCUAUAAUCAUUGUGAUCAGCUCUAAUGUUUGGUCAUUCUUGGACCCGGUGCUGGAACCUCAUUUAGAGACGUUCUCAUUGACCAGUCGGCAGGUCGGGUUUGUGUUUCUGUUGUUCUCCUCAGUCUACGCAGUGUUCAGUUUGUUCUGGGGUUGGCUGGCUGACAAGCUCAACAAUCAUUGGUCCAUGAUGGUGGUAGGCCUGGCUAUUUCAACAGGUAGCCUGCUGGUGCUUGGACCUUCGCCCCACCUUACCUCCAAGCCUAACGCCCUCUGGGUGGACCUGGUAGCGCUGUGUGUGUUGGGGAUAUCAGUGGCUCUGACUCUGAUGCCGACCUAUCAAGCGAUUCUCAACUUUGCAGUGGAGAGAGGUCUGAAGAGACACGUGACUACUUACAGCUUGGUUGCCGGAACUUGGUCUUGUAUGUAUUCUUUGGGCGAAAUGAUUGGACCAACAGUUGGAGGCUUUGCUCUACAGAACUAUGGAUUUCCCAUUUUAACAACUGGGAUGGCUUAUUCAACUUUCAUCAUGAUGGUCAUCAGCCUGGUAUACUUCUCCUGCAGACAUUUCUGUCCCGCAGAGGUGGAGAGUGAAAAGAGUACCCAGAAGAAGCCACUACUGGAGAACCCAACCAUGUACUACGGAGCCUGUACUGACCAGUGUGUCCUGACAUUGGCUCCAGUCUCACAGAACAGCAUGGCCUUCUCUGUAUAACCAAGAGUGGUUUUGAUCCUACUACGAAGACUGCACAACUGCUUGUAAAUAGCUGUACAUAGGAUACUACUUCUAUUUCACAGUCAAGUAUCAUAAGUUAACAAUUCCUCCUAAGGUAGAAAUGAUCUGAGGCAGUACAGUAUUCUGUAGCAUUACCGAAUGUGAUAGUCAUGUUCUGAAUACUUAUUUUAGUGUAAAACAUAAGUGUUAAUUGAUUUGUUAAGUUUUAAUAGUUUUAUUUCUUCAUUGUUACUCCAAAAGGUAGGUUAGUACUUAGCUUUAAACCAUAGAAUUGCCAUAAUUUUGAAAAUAAAAAAUAAUAAAAAUAAAAAUUAUUCACAAAUCUGUUUGCGGUACUCACACCCAAAUCAAAUUAAAGCUUCUAUGAGUCAAUGUAAGAUGUAUUAAGUGUUAAUUUAACUAUAGAUGUUAUUGCUAAUGAAAAUUAUUUAAUAAGAUUCCAAUAAGUGUUCACUGUAAACAUA